GCCUCGAUGCAUUAUAUACAUGGGCCUUCAGUUGUCACCGCGACGUCGGCGGAAUCGUAUUGCGCUAUGUGUGUACAUUUAACCGGCGUGCUACCGGUUUAGAGAACGUUUCAAUUAUUAUUAUUAUAAUGGUACGGAUCCGUUCGCAAAGAUAUUUGUGUCUAAGCAAAACGUGUCUUGAUGUGAAAAUAGUGGAGGAACGUAUUCUGGGAGAUUGAAACUGCAUCAACCUGAGAUCUAAUUUUGGUUUCACGUGCUACUAAUUCUGUUUAGUGCACAUGUACGUCGACAUUUAUGGAGUGACGGAUGCGCAGCGCACGUGUGCGAACACGUGGACGCUGACGCCGGGGAAAUCGCCGAUCCAUCGUCUUGUGAGACGUCUGAUCAUCCCUGUUUUAUGCAUCAAGGCAUCCCUCGAACGUGACUUACGACGCGUCGGAUAGGAUUAGGAGGAAAUUCUCUGUCGAAAUUGCCUGCAGAUUGGCAAGCCGUGAGUCAUCAACCACAUCCAAUAUCGACAAUGAACUUAAAUUCGCUUUCGCGGAGGAAGUGAAGGAAUUUGUGCGUAAUACAAGAAAAGAUACAAAUCCAAAUGGCAUUCUGAUAAGAAUUAUAGAUCAUCGUUUCAACUGACACGAGAAAACAUUGAGAUCCGCCGGAAGUGGAGGAAGACAGGAGGGUGACUUGCGGAGUGAAUGUCCUAUGAGCUGCGCACGCAUUCCUUAGGGACACGCGCGCGGUGCGGACACGAUGCAACCCGACGAGGAUAUUCAGUAUGCGCCGAGAAGCCGGCCGGUGAGCUUUUAUGACAACUAUAAGGUCGUACCGAUAAUGCCGCCUUGCGUCACUUCCGCCAUGAGCGUGGGCAAUCUGAACCAGGUCCGCGACGGAAAUGGCACGUCCGCCGUGUCUCAGAGCAACAACAACAACAAGAGCAUUAAUAACAGUAAUAUUAACAACAAUAACAAUAACAGGGUCAGUAGCGCCGUCAGCGCGGGCAACGUAUCGAAGAUUCAUACUCCCAAGGUCACCGGUGCGGUAUCAACUGGGAACAUCGGACGAAUCUCCCGCGGCGAAAAAGAAAAGGAGCUUGGUCGAGCACCAUCGAUGGCCAACUGCUUGUCAACCACGGUUCCUGUCAACCUGGCAGCUUCUCAAAUAGCCGGUCGACAUACGCCUACAAGAAAUUCUUUGAGGCAUAGCAGGAUGAUCGUGAUGCAUCGGACCGGUCAUCAUCGAGAGAAAUUUUUACCUCCUUUGAUCUAUCAUCAACAAUUAGCACGAUGUCUGGCGGUACUGCAGACCAGUCUUGGCAUCGCGGUGACUUUCCUGUCGUUAUGGUUGCUGCUUUGGGCACCGAAUCUUCCCAUCACGGACAAUCCUUAUUGGAGCGGCAUUUCUCUCUUGAUGUCGGGUAGUUUCGGAAUUGGUCUCCUAUGCUGUUUCAAGAAGGAAUAUCCGGAUAUGAGUCCCGGAUUUUGUCUUUCCACCACAAAGGUUGUUAGCGUGUUUUUGGCGGUUCUGGCGACUAUGGCGUGCGUGAGUGCGUGCGUAUUCUCUGCGAUGCACUUGUCGCGACUCAUGGGACUGGAAUGCACUCCAGCACGAGUACUAAACGCCACGUGUGUAUGCAGGCCACGCGGGGAGUCGCCUGAUUCACUCGAAGAUGCAGUCAGAUAUAUGGAUCUUAAUUGUCCCGAGGUAGAAGAUAUUCUGACGAUCCUCCUCAUCUUCUCGUGUACUUGCAACGGAUUAGGCAUGUUGUCAGCAGGAUGUUAUAGUUACCUCCAUUGGAUCACGCGAUACAAGAGGCCAAAGUAUAUACAAGUCAGGACUAACAAUAUGUCCACGAACAAUACGCUCAGCAAUAGACCAAUCUACAAACCGAAAUUGGAAGAGCGAUGACGCUUGCAGAUGCUAUAAUGAUCGAAAUGCUUCCAUUUUGUUGUGAUCCAUCAACAUCUUUCUUGUGAUCGUGGGAUUGAUCAACACAACGUUACAUAUGUAAUGAACAUGAACGAUUAUGAACGAUAAAUCUUAUUCUACAUUAAUAGGUGAAACCAUUCCGAUAAAUAAAAUGACAAAAACAAUUGUUCUAAUGCACAAACGAGAAGAAGAAACAUAUUUUAUACAAAGACAUGAGUAGAGAAAUUUUAAUCGACAAGCUAGAGAAUUCUCUUCGUCACUUUACACUGGAUAACAAAUUCACAAUUUUGCAGAAAGUGACAUAAUAAAUCCUUGAAAAAAAAAAAACGCCCUCAUAAUCGAAAAUCCAAGAUUAGAAAAAGUGUGUGUAUAUAUUUAUUAUUAAUCAUUAAUGAUACAAUAAUGAUAUAAUAUUAUUGAAAUACGAUACAAUAAUGGAUCACUAUAUAGUGGAAAAACAAUUUUGAACUCGAUAAAUAGCGCUCAUUUUUUAUUACGUGAAGGCUCAGUAUUUUUUUAAACUUAAUGUGUGUAUUUAUGUGUGCGUGCAUUUGACAGUGCGUUUGUCUUCCAACUGAAAGGAAUUUGCUGAAACGAACGAAGACUAUAGACUACAUAUUGACUUUUUUAUCCAUUUACAUUAAGACUAAGGCUUAUAAAUGAAACAAGUACCUCAGACUUUUGAAAUAAUAUAAUAUCAAGAUAUUUACGUUAUCUUUUAUACAUUACAUAUAUUAAUUGUAUUUAGUAAAAUAAUAUGGAAUUACAAAAAAUGUCAUAUGUAUUUAUACAAAAUAAAAAUCUGUGGCGAGUAAUAUUGAUACAAAA